AUGGCCUCAGAGCACGAUAGAUUGAGCGCCGAAACCGCAGAGACCUUCGAUGCCAAAAUAUCGAGACGAAUCGGUGAACUAAAGCGCGUGACAGAAGCAUUGAGGGAAUACGAAGGAAGCCAAAAUGCGCUCUCUGAGCUACAAUCCCUUCUUGCAGAUCCUACAACCGACGAUGAACUCCGAGAGCUGGCGGCCGAAGACCUCGAGACCACACGUUCCCAGCUAGAAAGUCUUUCCCAGAAGUUGACCACGUCCCUCACGCCCAAACACCCUUUUGAAGACAUGCCAUGCCUGAUGGAAAUCCGACCGGGCGCCGGGGGCGGCGAAGCAGCACUCUUUGCUAAUGACCUCCUCCGCAUGUACCGAGCCUACUGCGCACGCAAGAACUUCCGCGUCUCCCUCAUGAAGUACGAGACUGCGGACGGCGAUACGACCGCCAGUGGAGAUCCCCCUCUCGCGGAAGCCAUUUUGGAAAUCGAGAGUCUUGGUGCAUAUGGACAGCUGCGCAGCGAGGCGGGUGUGCAUCGGGUACAGCGUGUGCCGGCGACGGAGAGCAAGGGCCGUACACAUACGAGUGCUGUCAGCGUUCUGGUGCUUCCAAGUUUGCCGACAAGUGAUAGCAAUGGGCAGGAAUUGUGGGAGGCCGAUUUUAAUGAUCCUAAUAGUGAUUACUACGUCAACUCUACGGAUGUUAGAACGGAUGUUAUGAGAGCGAGGGGCGCGGGUGGCCAGCAUGUUAACACAACGGACUCGGCAAUUCGAUUGACACAUAUUCCUACUAAUACAGUAGUCAGCAUGCAAGAUUCGAGAUCACAACACAAGAAUCGAGAGAAGGCGUGGCAAUUACUCAGGUCGAAGUUGGCGCAGGCUAAACGGGAGGCUCGGGAGGAGGAGGUCACCAAGUUGAGGAGAGGAGUCAUUGGGGUUGCGAAGAUGGGAAGAGAACAUAAGGUCCGGACGUAUAAUUGGGGCCAACAGAGAGUCACGGAUCACCGAAGCGGGUUGAGCAUUCAUAAUCUGGACGACGUGAUGGAUGGUGGGGAUGAAUUGGACAAAGUCAUUGAUAGCGUGAAGGCUUGGCAGGGAGAUCAAGAGAUGCAGGCGCUGCUUGCCGAAGAAGAGGAAGCUUCCAAGACUUCUAAAUAA